AUGAGACAAUUCCGUCGGUCUUCGGAUAUUCCGAAGCUAUUCCAAUAUUUCCAACUUGUUCGGCAACAUGGUCGCCGUUAUCUAUCUGUCUCGAAGCAACGACAGAAUCAACCACAAUCUCAAACUCCAAAAAGUAGCAAUGGCGGGAGCAGUUCUUUUCAAGAAUUCAUGCCCAAGCCUGGGUCUGGGUCAUCCAUAAGCAUAAUCUUAGCAGCCUUGAUCGUGUUCGCGGGUGGUAUCAAGGUUGGCUUCGAUCUCAAGCAGUACUUUGAUCAUGGCGCUUCAAGCGUCCUCGAUACUAAAGGGGAACCGCGCUACGCACCCCAAACAACUAUGCUUGUGGCAUUGGAGGAAUUGAAGAGACUCUUGGCGAAGGAUUCGAGCGCAGAUGAGAUUGAAGAUAUGAUAUCGGUAGACGACGAAAUCAUCCAGCAACACGCCUACUCAGAAUGGUCGACGAGCAAUUCUACGAACAAGCCUGUCGCUGUGAUCUAUCCACGAUCCACGGAGGAUGUUGUGGUGAUCGCAAAGUUAUGUAGCAAGUACAAGGUCCCGAUGGUUCCAUAUGGAGCUGGUAGCUCGGUAGAAGGUCAAUUCUCAGCACCCUAUUCUGGCUUCACAAUGGACUUCUCGCGGAUGGACCAAAUACUGGCGGUACAUGAGGAUGACAUGGAUGUUGUUGUACAGCCAGGUGUGAAUUGGAUGUAUCUGAACAAAAAGCUGGCUUCUACCGGGCUAUUCCUGCCACUGGAUCCGAGUCCAACUGCACUCAUUGGUGGUAUGAUCAACACAAAUUGCAGUGGCACGAACGCCAUGAGGUAUGGGACGAUGAAAGAUUGGGUCAUCAAUGUCACAGUUGUGCUGCCUGAUGGAUCUGUCCUAAAGACGCGGCGCCGACCAAGAAAGAGCAGUGCAGGCUACGACCUUACCAAAUUGUUUGUGGGGUCGGAAGGUACAUUGGGCUUUGUGACAGAGGCUACGUUGAAGCUCGCUGUCGUGCCGAAGAGCACGGGCGUGGCAACAUGUAGUUUUCGAGACGUAAAGACUGCAAGCGCAGCCGCCGUGAAGAUGAUGAGAGAAGGUAUCAUCGGGCUCGCUGCUCUCGAACUCAUGGACCAAGCACAAAUGAGUGUUAUCAAUAAGAAUGGUGGAACGCUUACAAAAGAUGGCAAAACGAGGAAAUUAUGGCCAGAGCAGCCCACUUUGUUUUUAAAAUUUAGCGGAACGGAUAAAAGUAUCGUAGAGGACGUCCAGAGAGUCAAGGACAUUGCCAAAUCGUUCGGCGCAACCAAACUGGAACACGCUACCGGUGACAAAGAGAAGGACGCCAUUUGGGCUGCAAGGAAAGAAGCGCUCUUCGCAAUGGUCGCACAGAGAGACGAAGGCACAGAAAUCUGGUCGACUGACGUGGCAGUGCCCUUAUCACGGUUAGCUGAAAUUAUCGAGGUCUCUCAGCAGGAAAGCUCAUCCCUAGGUCUCUGGUCCACCGUCAUGGGACAUGUUGGGGAUGGCAAUUUCCAUCAAUCAGUCUGUUAUCAUCCCGACGAUCCAGAAGAGACAGCCAAAGUCGCAGAUUGUGUACACAAGAUGAUGGAUAGAGCAAUGGAGUUUGAAGGAACUGUCUCCGGCGAGCACGCCAUUGGUCUCGGCAAGAAGCCAGAACUAGAAAAGGAGGUAGGUCCUGGAUCGAUGCAGGUGAUGAGAACCAUCAAGAAUGCUCUCGAUCCUUCUUGGCUCAUGAACCCUGGCAAGGUCUUUGACCAUACUGUCGGUGCUGGGCAUCAAUGA